AUGGAGCUAGACUAUUUUGGUAAGAGUUAUAAAAAAAAGUUUUCUUCAAUUUUUUUAAAAUUUUUUAAUUGUUUAAUAAUCUUUAGAUUACGGGCAGCUUGACAGUUUUGAUUCUUCACUUCACUCAGUAAGCCCUGUAUCACUGUAUACACCGUCGUACAAUUACUUGGACACGUAUGAUUACAACAACUACUAUACAUAUCAUUACCCACAUAGGACCGUUCCUCCGUUUUUAGACACCACCACACACCGUGAUCACUUCAGGUGGAAGAUCUCGAACAAAGAAGUGUGA